AUGGCGGGCGGUCCAAAGCAGCCUCUCAACGUCUUCCGGCUCAAGCUGGACGGCGCGCCGAGGGAGGUCCUGAACUGGCGACUGUGGUUUGCGGUGCUCACGUUCGGCCUUAUGGGCGCUGCCCGUGGUGUCGACGAGGGUUUGAUUACUGGAGCCUUUGAUUCAGUCGAUUUCCAGCGCACUAUCAAUUUCGAGUCGUACGGCGAGGUCGAGCAGACCAACAUCCGCGCAAACGUCACUGCCAUGGUGCAGCUGGGCAGUGUUGGUGGUGCUCUCAUUGCGUUCCUCUUCUGUGACAUCUUCGGCCGUCUCUGGACUUGUCGUGGUCUGUGUAUCGUGUGGAUUGUGGGCAUUGCCAUCUUCAUGGGCCACGGCGGAAACCUCGCUGCGGUCUAUGCUGGACGACUGGUUGCUGGGCUGGGUGUUGGUGCUACUGUCGUGGUGGCACCGGUCUAUCUCAGUGAAAUCGCUCCCGCGCAAAUUCGUGGGCUGUGCACAUGUAUCUUCACUGGUUUCGUGUACAUUGGAAUCGUCCUGGCCUACUUCGCCAACUAUGGCUGCGAGGUCAACAUGGGAGACAACACGCAUGACCGCUGGCUCGUCCCUACUAGUCUGCACAUCAUGUUCGCCGGCAUCAUUUUCAUCCUCUCCUUCCUCCAGAUCGAGUCACCGCGCUACCUCAUCAAGAGAAACAACUACGAGCAGGCUCUGCACAACCUCUCGCGCAUCCGCAACCUCCCCCCUGACCACCCCUACGUCGUGCAAGAGCUGGCCGGGAUCAAGAACUCCCACGAGGCCGAAAUGGAAGCCACCCACGGCCUCGGCUGGUUCGGCGUCGUCAAGGAGGCCGUCAUGGUCCCCUCCAACCUAUACCGUCUCUACCUCGCCACCGGCGUCCAGAUCCUCUCGCAAUGGUCCGGCGCCGGCUCCAUCACUGUCUACGCACCCCAGCUCUUCUCCCUCCUCGGCGUCACCGGCUCUGAAGAGGGCCUCCUCGUCACCGCCGUCUUCGGAAUCGUCAAGCUCGUCGCCGCCGUCAUCUGCGCCCUCUUCCUCGUCGACGUCAUCGGCCGCAAGCGCGCCCUCCUCAUCGGAAUCACCCUCCAGGCCAUCUCAAUGGUCUACAUCGCAGGCUUCCUAACCGCCGUCCCCCAGCUCGGCGUCGUCGACGACUUCGAGCUUUCCCCCAGCCAAGCCGGUCCCUCCCGCGGCGCCAUCGCCAUGAUCUACAUCUCCGGUGUAGGCUGGGCGCUUGGCUGGAACUCCAUGCAGUACCUGCUCACGGCUGAACUGUUCCCUCUGCGCAUCCGCGCCCUGGCAACUUCCACCGCUAUGACGCUGCACUUCGCCAACCAGUACGGCAAUGCGCGUGCUGUGCCGAAUAUGCUUCUCCCCACGGCGCAGGGUGGUAUCGACCCCAAGGGCACGUUCUGGUGCUUCGGCGCUGUUACUGUGCUUGGUGGGUUGUGGGUGCUGUUUAGUAUCCCCGAGACUGCCGGGCGGAGUCUGGAGAGUAUGGAUGCGUUGUUCCAGCUUAGGUGGUACAAGAUUGGUUUGUAUGGUAACAGGGAUGCCGAGACUAGGGAUAUGGUCCAGGAGAAGAUGGGCGAGGAUCGGGAUAUGGCUGCUGCGCAGGUGGCUAGUAUGAAUGUUGAUGAGAAGGCUAGGGAGGAGCGUAAGGAGAAUGUCUAA